GGAGGAAUGAAGUAUGGAGGAGGAGGCGAACAUGGAGGACCGAGGACCGUGAGAGCGCCGCGGUGCCGUGAGACUGUUUUUUCGGGGGGUUUGUCGGGAGAAAAGUGGAUGUACCUCCGGCGGAACUUUUCAGCGCGCGAGCUCUGCGGAAAGUUAGUUUUUUGUUGAGCGGACAAGUGCGUCGAGGCGGAGUCGGUUGUAAUGCGGUGAAGAGAGGAGCGACUCGUUCUCUUUUCCUCGGGGGGACUACACAGCAGGGCAGGGGGCUUGUGCCCUCUCACCAUCCCGACGCGAUGCCGUGGGUCAGCGGCGGGACGCGGAGAGAGAGCUCGGAGCUGCCGCUGCCCGCGGGCUGGGAGGAAGCCCGGGAUUACGAUGGCAGAGUGUUUUUCAUCGACCACAACACCCGGCAAACUUCGUGGAUUGACCCCAGAGAUAGGAUCACUAAACCAUUGACGUUUGCCGACUGUGUUGGAGAUGAACUGCCUCUCGGGUGGGAGGAAGUUUAUGACCAGCAAGUGGGAGUUUACUACAUCGACCACAUCAACAAGACCACCCAGAUAGAGAACCCGCGGACUCAAUGGCGGCAGGAGCAGGAGCGCAUGCUGAAGGAGUACCUUGUGGUGGCCCAGGAGGCCCUCAAAGCCAAGAAGGAGAUGUACCUGGUCAAGCAGCAGCGUUUGGAGCUGGCUCAGCAGGAAAUGUUGCUCUUCCACGAGCUCUCCGAGGACAACCGCUCCAUCACCAGCACGCUCUCUGGCUCGUCCUCGAACGCGAAAUAUGACCCUGACCAAAUAAAAGUGGAAAUAGCUUGUAGACGAGAACGGCUCUCCAGACUGAAGCAGGAGCUGGCCCAGGUGAAGCAGGAGCUGCAGUAUAAGGAAAUGGGAGUGGAGACCCUGCAGGAGAUUGACAGGAAGAUGUCCAACAGUCAGACAAACUACAAGCUGGAUGAGGCUCAAGCCAUCUUCAACGAGUUGCGGAGCAUCAAGAAGACCAUCAGCACGGGCGAGAAGGAGAGGCAGGACCUCAUCCAGAGCCUGGCAAAGCUGACGGUGAACCUCCAAAGCAGCGACUCAGUCAGCGAAGUGUCGAACAGCACUGGAACUGUGGGCAACUCGUGCAAUCUGCAGCAGUACUGUGACACCGGCUGUCAGACCGACAUCAUGGGAGAGUAUGGUUCCCAAGAGUCCUCACAAUUGGUGGACAAAGUGAAACUCAACUGGCAAUACGAGGAAGCUAAGAAAAAGGUUCAGAGCAUACAGCAUCAGCUAGCACAGCUGGACAGUGAGAGCUGGUCGGGACGGGCAGAGGCGGACCGCGACCGGGACUUUCUGCAGCUCCUGCGCGAGAAGGAGGCCCUUCUGCAGGAGAUCAUUCUGGUCAGCAAGCAGCAGCACCCUCCUGAGACGCUUCUGCAGCUGGAGGAGGAGCGCUCCAGGCUGGAGGAGGAGGUGCAGAGGGCCCAGAGCUCCCAGAGCCAGGGAGCCAAUCAGAGGAUCCUGCAGCAGGAGAAGAGGAACAUUCUGCUGAGACAGCUGGAGGAGGCAUCGCGUAUCACCACCUAUCUCCACACGCAGCUGAAGAGCUGGUCGGCCAGUUCUCUGACGGUGUCGUCCAGUAGCAGUCGGGGGUCUCUUGCCUCCAGUCGGGGCUCCCUGGCCUCCAGCAGAGGCUCCCUCAGCUCCAUCAGUUUCAGUGACAUCUACGGUCUCCCACAGUAUGAACGUCACGAGGGGUUGGGAGAGAUGCUAGAUCCCCACCAGCGCUACCUGCUGCCCCCAGAAACUGUGUCCAGAGACUGUUCCAUGUUCAAUCCUGACCCUCUGACCCAGAGCAAAACCAAACGCUCCCAUGACACCCCGCAGUCCCUCGCCUCCCUCUCCUCCCGCUCCUCGCUAUCCUCCCUUUCACCACCCAGCUCCCCUAUGGACACACCCUACCACUCUGCCCCUCAGGACUGCCCCCUCACCCAGAUGACAGAGGAGUACAUGGAGCAGGCCGGUCGUGGCCUUUUAGAGGGACUGCGGGCACAGUCGCAAGCCCUAUCGCACACGGCCAUGUUGAGUGGCGAGGACCCCGCCUCUGUGCAUCAACUGGAGAGCAAGAGUCACAGAGACACCGGCGCUCCGGGGGCUUUUACCUCUACAGGAGUGACUCUGAGAGGAAACAGCGCCAACAGAAGUGGCAGGAGGGCCAGGAGAGUCUCUGCGGGAGUGUCUGAGGACGCGCUGGCCACAGACAGUGGGGUUUUUGAAGCCUGGGGUCGAAGGCCGGAGGAGUCAGAGGAGAUGUCGUACAUGAAAGAGCUGACAUCUGUGAGCGACCCCGCCCAGAUCCAACUGGGACUGCUGUGGGAGUCUAACUCUCAGUCUCUACGACUUCACCUGUUACAGCUCAAGAACCUAAACAGGUCCAUUGUGAGAGAUGGAUAUAAAGUGUAUGUGAAGGUGCACUUGAUUCCACUGGACGCCGGCAGGGCCUGUGCGUUUUACUGUUGUACAGCGUUGGAGCCGCAGCCCCAGAUGAGUUUCAACGAAGGCUUCCGCAUUCCUGUCCCUGCAAACGCCCUGGCGGUGUGUGCCCUGCAGCUGUCGGUCUGCUCGCUGGGACCUCAGGCUCAGGAGGAACUGAUGGGUACGACCCAGGUGAGCCUGGCAGAUUGUGAAGGAAGUGCAGAGAUGGUUUACCACUGGCUGCGAGUCCAGAUGUUGAGUGGGACAGAGUUGCCGAGGCCUGACCAGAAGAACCUCUGCCAUCGAAGACAGCAGGAAGGCCAUGAAGAUGAGCAGAGGCCCAGAGCCAUGGAUUCUUUGUGCACGGUGCUGUCACGUACCAGCACCACCCAUCUGGAGGAGCAGGGCACUGGGCUGGAGCUGCAGAGGCUGGAGAAGAAGGACGAGCCAGGGGAGGUGGCAUCUGAGAGUGUAUUUUGCAGGAGCUGGCAGGCAGAGUCAGUGGACAGUGGCUGCAGCAACAGCACAGCAUUCACAGCUCCCUGUUUAGAGGGACUGUGUGCUGAGGGCAUCUGCAUCACCACUGGAGGGCGCUAUGAUCAGACAACAAGCAAGCUCUGUACAGUAAAGGUGGAGAAGGCCACCAUGACAGAAGGCCUGUUCCCGGAGCCUGUGCGAGUUCGGCCCAAAGAGAGGGGAGGACGCUGGGGUCACGCCUCCCCCUUUAUGCGCGGCAGCACCAUUGUUCGCUCUCAGACCUUCUCCCCCGGGGCUCGUAGUCAGUACGUCUGCAGGUUAUAUCGCAGCGACAGCGACAGCUCGACGUUACCAAAGAAAUCGCCUUUUGUCCGAAACACCUUGGAAAGAAGAACUUUGCGAUAUAAACAGCAGUCAUACCGCUCCUCCCUGGCCGAACAACCCACCCGUACCUCCCUGGACCUGGAGCUGGAUCUCCAGGCCUGCAGGACGCGUCAGAGACAGCUGAUGGAGGAGCUGGACGCCCUCAGGGAGCUGAAGCUGCGACUGGAGGAGCCGCAAGGCAGGGAGACCACCGAGCUCCCCCACUGGGCCCUGAGGGAUGAGCGAUUCCGCUGCCUGCUCAGAGAGGCCCAGAGACAGGCCAGCCAAAGCAAGCAGGAGCAGCGUCAGGAGGAGGCGGUGGAGAGGAGGCUGAGGAAGGCUUCCAAAGAGGUUCUGCAGAUGAGGGGACAGAGUCACAAGGAGCCCUUGCCUGUGCAGACAUUCAGAGAGAAGAUGGCUUUUUUCACAAGACCAAGGUUCAACAUACCUCCUUUACCAGCCGACGAUGUAUGAGUGAUUGCCUCUGUAUUAUGUGACUUAACAUGAAGUAUUUGUCAAUUUAUUUUUCUGAGCUCAUGAAGUACAAAGUUCUUUCUACCGAGGACACGUGCGAAGCGACACGCAGGUGAUUUGAGGAUUAGAAGGAUUCACAUUUUCAGACGUGUGUGUGUGGCUCUCCUUCAGAACACGAACACUCUAGACACAAAGCUCUUGACAAACAACACAACUGUUCAUUUCCUCUUGGGGGGGGGGGGGGUAAGACGCCUCUCACAAGGAAACAGAAUCUCUUCACUCGUGUCUGAGUUACUUCUUUUGUUUGUGCUUACAAAAAGGCUGGAAGACGGGAUCAAAAGUUGGUUUGGACAAUUUCACUGUACUGUAACUUAUUUUAUAGUACUUUUCCUUGAAGGAAAUAAAAAAAAAAAUUGCUUCCUCCUUUUUAAGUGUAUUUUGUAGCUUUGAACAAAUAGCACUUCAGUGUUUUUACAUGCAGUAAAAUGGAGCUAUUGUCUGAUUUCUGUUACCUAAUUCUUAAGAAUUAUUUACAUCCAAAUGUCACUUUGUAAUCCACUUUUAUUACUGAUGUCAUUGUUCCUUUGUUAUGUUAUUAAAAUUAAUAUUAUUUCAUGUACUUUUCAAUAUAUGGAUGAAUAUAUGAAACACUGUAUUCAGAUUUUUUUAUGAUGUCUGUAUGAACAUCUGCAGUGUUACCUCUUGUGAAGAUAAAACAAUUAAACCAUG